AUGAAGACAUGCUUUCAAAUUUGGCAUGAUGACUUUGAGUGUGGACUUGCAAUCCCGCCAACGCUGGGCAAGCGGGUUGUCCUCAGGCGCCCCGGAAAGAAGACAGGUGUGCGCAAGAAAACACGCCGUGAGCUCCUUCGUGAAGAAGCGUGUGAGGCGGACGACGAGUUGCGUGGGGAUGCUGAUGAGCGUAGCGAGGAUGAGAACGAAUUCGAUCUGUAG